CUCUUGCAGAAAUUCUUCUCGCUCGGCAGUGUCCUCGCCCUCUCGGCCGUGGCCAGCGCCGCUCUGGCUGCCCCCCAACUGGAGGCUCGUCUGCGUCGCGAUGUCUCCGAGCUGGUGGAUCCUGCAGCAGCAGCAGCCGCACCCGUGGAGUACCUGCCGCCAGGCAUCACCGAGUCCGCGCUGCUCGAAGAGGAGCCACUGCCAGUGGAGGUUGAGGCCGAAGCUGAGCCCGAGGGCACCGUGCUGGGCGGCGAGGGCUACGAGUACCGCACUGUGCGCCGCCUGAAGCUGCGCCAUCGCAAUCGUCGCGAUGUCUCGCACUUGGGGCAGGCUCCGGCCCGUCGGUAUCUGCCGCCCAGUCAGGCCUAUCUGCCGCCAGCCAGCGAUCCUGCUGCACCCAUCGACGACACCGAGGACACCGAGGAGGUGGUCUCCGCCGUGGAGCCCAAGCUCGCCCGGCAGUAUCUGCCGCCCGUGGAGGCGAGCACCGAGGCUGCGCCCCAGGAGGAGACCACACCGCUGCCGGAGGAGCAGCCGGAGCAGCCGGAGCAGCCCGAGGCCGAGGCCGAUGUCCGUGUGGUGGAUGUGCCCACCGACGGCGGCGCCGGGCAGCUGCUCCAGGACGGCUACCACUACCAGCAGCCGGCGGAGAUGCCCGCGGAGCUGCGCGAGGCGGCCCGCGAGUACCUGCCUCCCGUGGAGGAUGAGGCCGUCGUCGUCGUGGAGGGUCCCGCCGAUGGCCAGAGCGCUGUCCUGGCCAACGAUGGCUAUCAGUACCGUGCCGUGAGGCGCUACAGGUUCUAG